GGUGCCCCUCGCCCCUUCUCCUCGCCGGGGUAGCGGUGAAGCUGUGACGUCAUUGUACCGCGUCCUCUUUCUUCCCUGCGGUUUCCGGCGCUCGCCCGCGCAGUGAGUGCGGCCAAAGUUUUCAUUUAUGUGGUUCGCGGCGUCUAUUCUCCCCUCUUUCCCCCAGGCGCGGGCGGGCGGGGGUUGCCUGAGCCCACUCCGCCGGGCGCGGACCCUCCUCUCCCCUCGCCGUCUCCGCAGGAGGAGCGGCGAGAGCCUUUCGGCGAUGGCUUCGGGGGGCUCGGAGGCAGCGACACAGCGGGUGGCAGAGCUAGAGGAAGAGCUGCGGGGUCUGGCGGAGCAGCUGAGCCGCUGCCAGGCUGGUAAAGAAUUUGUGUGGUCUCUCUGGGAACAUCGCCAGGUAUCAAAACCAGAUCUUACUCAAGCUGUCAGCUUGGUUGUGGAAAGAGAAAAACAGAAAGCUGAAGUCAAGGACAGAAGCAUUUUUGAGGUUUUGCAAGCCAAAGGCAGCAAAAUAGAAACUUUAGAACAGAUUUGUAUAAUGCUACCAGGACAGCAGCAGGAACUAAACAGCUUAAUGCAGAGAAAAAGUGCUGUGAAUGAGGAAAAUGCCCGUUUGAAGAAUGAAUUCGGUAACUUGAACCGGAAAUUUAAAGAUAAAAGCCCAGAAGUUAAGGACACUGAGGAGUGUGCACAGAAGAAGGAAGAGCAAAACAGACUGGUUAUAAAAAAUCUGGAGGAGGAAAAUAAGGGAUUAAAUAUAUGCUGUGCUGACCUGCUAAGUGACCUGGAGAAACUGAGGAAGCAGGAGGCACAGUGGAAAAAAGAAAAAUCUGGCAAUGAUACCAGAAUAAAGAAGUUGUAAACUGAUUUAGCCGAGAAAAGAGAACAAAUAAAAAGUUUGCACCGUACAUGCAGUAACUUGUCAUCUCAGGUAGAUGUGAAACAGGAAGAACUUUUCCAAAGGAUUGUGAUGUGGUCGGAGCUAAGUAAGGAAUUAAAGGAGCUGCAGAAUCUUUACAGACAAAACAUUGAAGAUAGAACACAGCAGGCUGAGCUGAUAAAGCAGCUAGAGGCUCUCAAUGCUGAUACACAAAAAGUACUGCAAGACCAAGAAUAUGCUUGUAUUUCUUUAAGUGAGCUAGAGGAUUAUAUUACAAAACAAGAAUCUGAAAUGGAGCUUUUACAGAAAAAAAUGAAGGAAGUGGAUCUUAACCUAGCAGAGCAUAAUUUGUACACUGCAGAUACUCUGGAAAGCAACAAUAUAAGGACUGGAAGAAAGCACGAGGAACCACCUGUGAAACGUUCAAGGUCUCUGUCCCCAAAGAGCUCUUUUAGAGAGUCAGAGGAGUCUCAAGAAUCCUAUGAGCUAAGAGCAGCCUAUGGAAAACAUGAAGAAAGACUGCAGAUGAUGUUACAGACCAACUACAGAGCACUAAAAGAGCAAUUAAAGCAGUGGGCAAUAGCAGAAACAAGAGUCACAGAAUAUGCUGCAAAACUGGUAGCUGUUCACAGUCUGAGAUACCAACAUACAGGCUUCUGUCAGCUUUGUCAAGAGAAUCAUGAUGUGAUGUGGUAUGAACUGGCUUUUUUCAAAAGGGAGCACAAAAAGCUGCUGAUUUAGAAACUAAGUCUUGAGGAAGAAUUGGAUCAGAUGAAAAUACACCAUUCUCCAAAGCCACUUUAUAAUCUUAGUGAAGAUGAUGGGGUCAAGGGUAAUACUCCAAAGAAGUAUAUGAGAGGAGUUUCACAUGAGAUGCUACAGAAGGUACAACAACUAGGAAGAAGAUUCAAAGCUAUUGAAGGGGAAUUAAAGAAACAGAAAGAAAUAAAUAAAGACUUACUGAAUGAGAAAGUGUAUUUGAAAGAAUCUUUAAAACUGCAAAAGGAAGAUGCAGACACAAGAAAAAGAGAGCUGGAAGCACUACUUAAGAGGAUCUGUGAGGUAAAAAAGGAAAAAGCAGAACUUCAAUUCGUGAUUGAUGAGAAGGAAAAAGAAGCUGCCUCUUUGAAGAGGCAAGUGACAGAAGCUAACAGGUUGAGAAAUGAAAGUGAAGAUUUGCUGAGUCAAGUCCAGGAGCAGAAGUGUUUGCUGGAUAAAGCCAAAGCAGUGGCAAUCUCUGGGCAAUGUAAUUGCAAGAUAACAGGCACCAAGGUUAAAUUAAAAACAGCCAAGAAAAAGAGCUCUUUGGGACAUCAUGGAGCUUUUCUCAAACAGUCCAUCAAGGUUAUGAGUAAUGUGUUUGAGAACUUCAGUAAGGACGGCUGGGAGGAUAUGAGUGAAAGCAGUGACUCUGAAAUACCAACUUCUGAAAGCUUGGAAACAGUGAUUAUGAAGAUAGUGCAAAACAUUGAUCCACGGCAGCCAGAAGUAAACAAGAAGAAAAAAAAGCCCUGCAAUGUCCUUCAUUUAGAAGUCCAAAAUGAGCAAUAUAAUAAAAAGGUAUAUAUUGGUUUGUUCUCGUGGAUUCAUUAUAUUUCAGAAUAUUUUGUGGACAGUGAGUCUGCUGUGGUGGAUUCAUCCUGGCUAGAUGCCAGACAUCCACCAAAGCCUCUUGUUCACCCCCUCUGCCGCAGCUGGACAAGGGAGAGAAAAUACAACAAAGGGUUUGUGGGCUCAGUGAGUAGAGCAAAAGGGAGAAAUAUCACUCUCCAGAAACUGGGCUACUCUGUUACUUUACUGCAGGAAAAAAUUGAGCCACUGCAGAAGCAGGUAGCUGUUGUAAGAGGAAAAAAAAAGACAGCAGUAACUUCCAUUAAAAAUGUUAAACAAACCAGUGAAAAAUUACCAAGUCAGCUACAUUUGGUUGAUCAGAGACUUCAAGUGAAUAAACUGACCAUAGAGACUUUGACAUCCAACAUGGCCAAGUGGCAACAGGAGAAGGAAGAUCUACAAGGAAAAUUGAAGUUGAGAGAACAUCUGAUUCCAACGGCUGGCAAGAAUGAAGCCACACCAACUCCUUCAAAGAACAUUGAUUUAGAGAAGAAACAGCUGCAGUGCAAACUAAAGAAUUCGAACACUGAGAUCGCUAAGCAGUCGACCACCAUUAAGUCACUGAAAAAACAAGUCCAGGAAAAAGAAUGGAUUCGGGAGCUGCAAGGGAAAAUUUCUGAGUUGGAGAGGGAUGUUACUAUGAAAAGACAUUUAAUAGAAGACUUAAGGUCUUGCCUAAAAGCAAAUCAAGAAAAUGAGAAAAUCUUAAUGGAAACAUUGGAAAGUCUUGAGAGAAAGGUACUUCUUUCUUGCUAUUCCUAUCAAUGCUCUUUCAUUAUUUCAGGUGACGGCACUGGCUGUAAACAAAAAGUUUCCAUCGAUUCAAUGAAACAAAGGUUUAAUGUAGCUUUGAAAGAGAAGUCUCAGUAUGAGCAGAUGUAUCACGAAGCUAAAGAAGAUUUGGAAAAAAAGAAGAUUACUAAACUAGAGAGAAAAGUGAUUGAAACUGAAUGUGCUAUGACUGAGCUUGAAACUGCUGCAUCUCAACUGCAUGGCUUGGCUAAGCAGAGUACCCAGGCUUUGUGAACUCUACAGAAAGAGCUGCUGCUCACCAGUGACAAAGUUGAAGAGUUCAAGACAUUUGUGAAGACUCUAACCAGAGAAUUACAUCUCAGUGUACAAAAGCUGAGAAAAAAAAAUCGAACUUGCAAAAAAAGGGAGAAUGAAAGCAUGCAAAUGGGUCUUUUCCAAGAGAGUAUUCAGUUAGCAGCAUCUAUCCUUAAUGUUUCAACAACUGGUCUUUAUGAAAUACUACAAGAAGGAGAUGAUGAGGAAACAGCAGAAACAAAAAUGGAAUUGGAAAAAGAUAAAGAAUGGCUACAGCAUAUACAGAAACUUCUUGAAGCACAGUUUCCUUUUGCCUCAUACUUAAUGAAUUCUGUACUGGAAAAAUAAAAUGAGAAGAAGAAAUAG